AUGUUUGAGUGGAUCGAGGAGAUACUGGAAGAGCAGAAGAAGUACCACAACAUGUCAAAGGAAGGAUUUAUCGUGAGGAUUAUCAAUCUCUACGGACAAGCCGGUAUGUUUGAACACGCGCAGAAAGUGUUCGACGAAAUGCCUGAGAGAAACUGCAAGAGAACAGUCUUGUCUUUCAACUUUGCUGAAUCCGGAUUUGGUGGGAAUGGUUCUUUAACCAAAGUUGUUGCGUUGAUUGAUGAGACUGAGAGCUCACAAGCCGAUGAGAUUAACAUUUUCGGUCAAUUAGGACUUGUUGUUUGA